AUGGCGAUUGAGGCAUGGUUUAUGGAAGAAAGUGAUGAGGAUCAGAGGCUUCCGCAUCACAAGGACCCGCCCGAAUACGUUUCGCUGAAUCAGUUGGCGGAUCUCGGAGUUCUUUACUGGCAUUUGGAUCCCAAAAAGUAUGAGGAUGACCCGGAAUUGGACAACAUCAGGCGAGCUAGAGGAUACAGUUACAUGGAUAUGUUGGAUUUGUGUCCCGAGAAGGUUGAGAACUAUGAGCAGAAGCUGAGGAACUUCUACACGGAGCACAUACAUGCGGACGAGGAAAUACGCUACUGUGUGGAGGGGAGCGGCUAUUUUGACGUGAGGGACAAGGAUGACCGUUGGAUUCGGAUUCUGAUCAAGGCUGGUGACCUCAUUGUUUUACCUGCUGGGAUUUAUCACAGGUUCACCCUUGAUACGAGCAACUAUAUCAAGUUGAUGAGACUAUUUGUGGGAGAGCCAGUUUGGACCCCUUUCAAUCGGCCACAGGAGGAUCAUCCUGCAAGAAAGGAGUACAUGAAGAGCAUGAGCGACAAAUUUGGAUCGCCGGUAAAAGCCCACUAA